UUUUCUAGUCCCUUAUUCUCAAUUUCUCAUACUCUCGAACCUUCUUCCAUCGUCAUAGUCCCCAGAAAUUAGCUAUCAUCCACCCUCCUCUCUUUCUCUCUCCUACUUUGUAGAGAAAGGGAAAAUAGAAGACAAAUUCAAACCCAUCUCCGGAGAUAUUUUUCUCUCUCCAUCAUUCCUCACCAUCCAUUUCUCCUCCAUUUUUAAUAUUCUGAUCUGAUUUGUCAAUUGCCAUGAUUUUUUAGCUUAAUCAUUGCCAAUCACUAUAAAUAUCUACUCAAUUCGUCGAUUCACCAUCAAAAUUUCACAAACAAUGGAAAGAGCAGGAGGAUCCAACGGAAGUAGUAAUGGAUCUUGCUAUUACUCUGUUCUUGGAGUUGGUAAGGACGCCUCUUCCGCCGAUAUUCGCGCCGCUUAUCGCAAACUUGCUCUUAAAUGGCAUCCUGAUAGGUGGGCCCGAGCUUCUAAUCCUUCCGUCGCCGCUGAUGCUAAACGCCAGUUUCAGCAUAUUCAAGAAGCCUACUCAGUGUUGUCGGAUCAGGGUAAGCGAUCAAUGUACGAUGCAGGAUUUUAUGAUCCAACGGAAGAAGAAGAUGAAGGAUUCUGUGAUUUUAUGCAAGAGAUGCUUUCAAUGAUGGACAACGUUAGGGGAGAGAAGGACAGUCUAGAAGAUCUACAAAAUUUGUUCGUGGAGAUGGUCGGUGGAGAUGGGAUGUGCUUUGACUUUCAUGAGGAUCAAACGGCGGCUAAAAGGACACGUAACGCGGCUCCUAAAGCUAAUGUAACAGCCAAACGAAGUUCUUCUCGUUGCUGAAACGAUGUCGUCGUGUUUUUUUUUUUUUUUAAAUUGUUAGUAGCCUUAAAAGAGGGCCAUUAUUUUUCUUGGACUUGUUCAAGUUCAACUCUAUUGUUUCUGGAGUUGUGUAAUGGAUCAUUUAGUGAAAUAAAUACUUUUUUCCUGAUCUUUUUUAGUUUAUCUUAA